AGUCUGCCACCUCAGUCUGCCUCUGACACUGUGAGAGGAAGCAUCCCUCUCUGGCACUCUCGGCGACCUCUGGUCACGCACACACUAGUCGUGUUGUUUAUGUAAAGCUUCCCUCCCUCUGCCCUUCCCUUCCUGUCGUUUCUCCUUUGUCUCCGCAAGGCAGUCGUAGUGCUCUAGUUUUUAUACCUGAUGACGGACUCCGUGGUGAACGAGUGAUCAGUAUCGAUUCCGAGAUUUUCCCGUGGGAAAAAAAGAGGUUUUAAAUCACAAACCCAUAAUUACAAGACUUCUGGAUUUACACUGUCACUAUGUACGAGUAGCGGAUGAGGAUUCUCGUUGAGGCAUGCCUGUGAUAAUGGGUGUGGACCAUGGAUAAUGAACAGCCGCAUCAGGAACUGGUGAAAUGUGUGGUUGUGGGAGACACAGCGGUGGGCAAGACCCGCCUUAUCUGCGCUCGGGCCUACAACAAGCAGUUCUCUCUCUCACAGCUGCUCAACACACAUGUGCCCACAGUCUUUGCCAUCGACCAGUACAGGAUAUACAAGGAGGUUUUGGAACGGUCUUGUGUGGUAGUUGACGGUGUGAAUGUCUCCCUACGAUUAUGGGACACCUUUGGGGACCAUGACAAAGACCGACGUUUUGCCUACGGCAGGUCAGAUGUGGUGCUGCUAUGUUUCUCCGUGGCAAACCCAGUGUCUCUGCGAAACUGCCGGGUCAUGUGGUACCCAGAGAUCCGGCGUUUCUGCCCCAACACUCCAAUCCUCCUCGUGGGCUGCAAGAAUGACCUUAGAUAUAUUUGUAAAGAUGAGCAGUACUUGAGUUAUUGUCGAGACAGGUCGCCUCUCGUUAGACCAGUCCGGGAGUGUGACCUGGUCAUGCCAUGUGAGGGAAGAGCAGUUGCCCGUGAGAUUGGCGUAGAAUACUAUGAGACAUCGGUGCUUACUUACUUUGGGGUAAAUGAGAUAUUUGACAAUGUGAUUCGAGCCGCCCUCAUAUCCCGGAGACAACAGCGCUUCUGGAUGACCAACCUCAAGCGCGUCCAGAGACCUAUGUUACAGGUGCCUUUCUGCCCGCCCAAGCCCAAGGUUCAGGAUCCUUCUACUGUUGGGAGCACAUUGCGUGAGGAUUUCCACUGUCUUCUCACAAGCGCUGCCUUCACAGACCUGGUGCUGGUUGCUGGAGGUGGACCCACGGCUGGGGGCACCAUUGUCCAUGCUCAUAGGUUUUUGGUGGCCUCUGCAUCAACUGCCUUCCAUAAGCUGCUCAUGACUGACCUCUCUGACUGUGUUACUACACGCCGCAGCUCAGAUUCGAGCAUGUUGAGUGGAACAUUUGGUGAUACCAACCUUGGGAACUUCAACUCUGAUACUGAAUGUCUCCUUGGUAAUGAUCAUAGUCUGCAACGCCCAGCAAGGUUCGUAUUAAAAGCUGUUUCUUCAUCCAGUCGCCUUCGGGAGGCUGUAAAGAGGAGAUCAAGUAUGCAGACUUUACCCCAAGAACAACACCCGGGUAUUCACAGAGAACUUAACCAUGCAGCCUUCCAAGCCAUUAGUAUAGAACAAUGGGAUGACAGAGGUAGUGACAGAAAUUCCUCAGAUCGUAGCCCACGCCAGUCCCCAGCCUGGGUCCCAGUUCAGACAGUAGUGCAACUCAGUAAGCUAGUGAGCAAUUCUGCUUUACGUAUUAUUGUACAUUUCCUCUACACGGGCACAAUCUUUUGCCGUGAAUGCCAUCUGCCAACAGUGGAGCUUAGCGAACUGAAACAAGCAGCAGAGUUCUUAGAAUUGCCUGAACUCCAGACAUAUGUCACCAACCUAAUGAACAAGGAGGAGUUCCUCAAUAACGACCUCUCUCAGCAGUACCUGCAGAUGUUGUGUGGUCGACUAAAGGAGCUGUGCUUAGAAGGUGGACUCUUCUCAGAUGUCCUUUUCCAGUUAGAAGAUGGCACAGCCUCUGUCCACAGACCUCUGCUCAUGUCACGCUGUGAUAUGAUGCAUGCCAUGUUCUCUGGAGACUUCAGAGAAAGCAAUGCCAAAGUGAUUACCUUCCCGGGUGUAAAGCUCAGAACGUUCCAGGUCCUGUUACAGUACUUGUAUACUGACACUAUACCCACACUCAAGACCAGAGAAUGUCUUCCCAUUGUGGAGCUGGGCAACCGCUUGUGUCUUCCUCGUCUCAUAUCAUUGGUCGAAAACGAGAUCAUUGAUCUUUUUCAGCGAGUGAUACAGGCCGGCGGUGAUGUCAGUGAGGAUUGCAUCUACCUUCUUGAGCCAUUGCAGAUGCACAAUGCUCAUCAGCUAGUGGAGUGGUGCCUCACAUGUAUGGCAACAAACUACAACCACGUCUGUAACAAGCAUGCAAAGCAAUUGCGUUCACUCCACCCAGAAAAUCAAGCAUAUUUGAAUAGACAUCGAUGGCCUCCUGUCUGGUACCUCAAAGACUAUGAUUAUUAUGAGAGGUGUUUAGUUGAGCGACAGCGAGAAGAAAAUCCCAUUAAACCCCUGAAGAGGUCUCGGAACACUGCUGGCUGUCUGUGCUUCACAUCCAAGAGCCGCAGGAACGCAGAGAAACAAAACUAUCGCACAAUAAGGGCCACGGACACCUUUAGCCUGUUGCGUGCGUCUUUGAGAAGGAUCAGGAGAUGGAGCCCUGCCAGCUAGUGGGACAGACAGGCAGGAGUCUGUCACAGCCUUCAACAAAUUCUUUUGUUACUGCUCGGCCUUGUUUUUCAUCAGUAUGCAUUUGGCCAAUGCUAUGUGUAUUUUUUUUCUAUGAUUGAAUUUUUGUACUCCAGUGUGUAUUGGAGGCACGGCUUUUUAUUAUGACAAUAAACCAUAGUUUGUAUGUUAACACAGUGAUUAUCAGAUCAUUACUAAUCACAUGAGUCAUUUAACUUUAAGUAUUAGACACAAUUAAUAGCCAUGAUAGGCAUUUCUGUGUAAACCAAACCCCAAAGUACAAGUGAUUCAUCACCAAAGGUAAAAGAUUUGUCAUUUAAUCAUUAUCAUUUUUUCAUAAUGCAUUGUUGUCUUAGUAAUAUUAACUGAAUAUGGCACAUCAUAUAUCAAGUACUGUUUUGU